AUGAUUAGAUUAAUAUUUUUAUUUUNGAAACCUUGUAACAUAAUUCUAUAGUUGAUGUUGUAGCUGUUAUUUAAGUAUUCAAAUGAAUAAUAAUAUUAUUAGGAAAUAAAAUAGGAUUCUGAAUCUUACAAAUCAUUUAUCGUCUUAGAUCAUACUACAAGAUUGACGAUUAAACUUUGGGGACCUUAAUAUGGUAAAGUACAUUUAUAAAAAGGGGAAAUUAUUGUGUUUAAAGGAUUAAAAUUUUAUAGUACUAAUUUUAAAUCAUUAAAUUCUGAUUAUUAAACAAUGAUUAUACAAAAUCAAGAAUUAAAUGAGUAAAAAUAUUCUAUAUCUUAGAGUGAAACAAUUAAAAACUUGGUUGGCGGGUAAAAAUAUUGACACAAUAAUGAAGCCAAAUUAAGAUAAUUAGACAAUAGAUCUUUCAUAAUUAAACGAAUUUGUGAUUCAACUAUUAAAUGAAGGCAAGACUUCAUUAACUUCCUAUAAAUACGUUUAUGGUUACAUUAUUGAAAUAUAAGAAUACAGAAAUAUGUACCCAAGCUGUCCGAAUAUCAGAUGCAAAUCUAAAAUGGAAGAAGUUCCUAUUAGAAAAACAUUUCGAUGCAAGAAAUGUCUUGUAGAAAAUGAUUCUCCAAAAUUUAGUUUUGUUUUAAAUGUAACCAUCAUGGAUGAAUUUACAAAUAUUAAGGCAGUUAUUUUUGAUGAAAUUGCAGUCAAAUUAUUGGGGCUUACUGCAGACUAACUUCGAUCUAUGAAUUUAGAAGAUUAAAAGAAUAUCUAUUAAUCAAAAGCUUUCUAACAAAAGAAAAUGAAGCUUUAGAUUUUAUUUAAAGAUUAUUCAGGAUAAAUUUAACCAUAAUAUAAUGUCUAAGAAAUUUCAGAUGUUGAUUAUAAACAAUUGACCUUGUAAGCCAUUGAAACAUUCGAUGAAAUAGAUAAUCUAUUGAAUUUAUCAUUAAUUUUGUGA